UUUCAACUUCUCUAUUACUCAUCACACCAAAAAUCAAAUUCCAAAAUCUUCUCUCAAGCAAUUUCAUUUCUUCAAAAUUACAAAAAAAAAGUUAUAAAUUUAAUUUUACUCUAAUUAUGGGUAAAAUUCAUCCAGAAAAUAUAUCUUCCCCUUCUUCUUCAUCUUCUUCUCCUUAUGUUACAUCUAAUAAAGAAAUAUUUACAAUAUGGAUGAAAUCACUAGUUUUUCAUGGAAAUGGAUGUACUGUUUUUAAUUCCAAAGGUGAACUUUGUUUUAGAGUUGAUAAUUAUCAAGAAAGAUGUAGCAAUGAAGUUUUUCUUAUGGAUCUUAAUGGACAAGUUCUCUUUUCCAUCAAAAAAGAGAAAUUGAGAGUUUUUGGUAGAUGGAAUGGAUAUUUAUGUGGUGGAUUUAAAGGAAGGCCAUGGUUUCAAGUGAAAAAGAAUUGCACAUUUUCAAGAGGAAAUGUUAUAUGUAAUGUGAAUUUGGGAUAUGAAAAAUCAAUUGAAAGUUGUUAUAAGAUUCAAAAAUUGGACAAGAAGUCAUCAUUUAAAGUUACAAAUAGUACUGGAGAAAUUGUUGCUGAGUUAAAACAAAAGCAAUCGUCGAGAGGAUUUGCAUAUGGAGAUGAUGUGUUAACUCUAGAAGUGGAACCCCAAGUUGAUCAAUCGUUAAUUAUGGCAUUAGUGACAAUUUGUGGCUUAAUUAGUCGCAAAUUAUGAUCAAGAAAUUAAUUAUAUGAAGAAUUCAAGAAAAUUCAGAUAUAAUACAUGGGGCUCUUCAAUUUGAACCACCAUUCUAACUUUAGAAUGUGUUGUGUGCAUUUUUAUUUUUAUUUUUAUUUGUAAACUUUUAGGACAAAAAAAAAAGAAGAAACUAAAUACUUUAGUUUGAUUUUGUUUUCUUUUCUAAUUUUGUGAAAGAGUAAUUCAAAAGGGAUUAAUCUUACCUCCUCCUUUUUAAAAUUA